ACUCAUGGUAUGUACUCUGUGGCGAUUGUUCAAAAUGCCAAAUGAGUGGCUGUGUAUUCUUUGAUUGAAAUAAAAAAUGGCAAAAACUUACGAUUAUUUAUUUAAAUUACUCUUAAUAGGUGAUUCUGGAGUGGGAAAAACAUCUAUACUAUUUAGAUUUUCCGAAGAUGCAUUCAAUAUUUCAUUCAUAUCCACCAUCGGUAUUGACUUCAAAAUUCGGACAAUAGACCUCGAUGGCAAAAAAGUAAAGUUACAAAUAUGGGACACGGCGGGUCAGGAAAGGUUCCGCACGAUAACGACGGCUUACUACCGAGGUUCUAUGGGCAUUAUGUUGGUUUAUGAUGUCACUAAUGAAAAGAGCUUUGAAAAUAUCAAGAAUUGGAUAAGAAACAUUGAAGAGAAUGCCAGUGCUGAUGUGGAAAAAAUGAUACUUGGCAAUAAAUGUGAUUUAGAUGCUAAAAGACAGGUUUCAAAAGAGAGAGGUGAACAAUUAGCAAUAGAAUAUCAGAUUAAAUUUGUAGAAACAUCAGCAAAAGACUCAUUAAAUGUGGAGUAUGCAUUCUACACGUUAGCGAGAGAUAUCAAAGCAAAGAUGGAGAAAAAACAGAAGGAGGCGAGUAACCCGCCCGGCAACAGAAGCGGCGUGCACACUUUGAAGGACAGCGACCGGCAACGCAAGCCCACGUCGUGGCUCUCGCGUUGCUCCCUGCUCUGACGCCCGCGCCCAAUCGCGCGCCAUAUACUCACCUACUAAAGUCAUGUUGUCACCGGUAAACGAUCGCAAGCAAAGUUAUUGAAACAUUGUUUACUAUCUCAGACAGUUUGAUAAAAAUCGUUUUGAUUCUAUUCAUAUUUCUAUACCCUGUUCACAGAGAUGAGCUAAAAGGGAAGUAAGAAACAGCAGGACAUAGGGCAUGUUUACGUUGUAACCAAAAUUAACUUAACUGUCUCAUGUACAGUGCCGAUAUCUGUCUUUUGGUGCUCCUUACUUUUAUUCUCCCUUGUUUUUUUAUAUUAACUUGACUUGGUCAUUGGACCAUAUUCUGUUUAUUUCGUUACUUGGCGUGUUUCUCGGACUGGUUCUCGUUAUAUUGUUGACCUAGCUUGCUCAUUGAACUGUUUCCUGUAUUCUAACUUCCAAGGAUUUAUUAUACUACUAAUAUAUCUCAUUAAUAACAAUCACAAUUGCAAUCUUGCAAUCUUAGUCACAUGCAAAACAUAGAAAUCUUUAUGGUUUUUAUUGUGAGCAAUAUACACUUUAAAGAAACUUAAAUUUUUAGGGAAUGGUCACAAUCGUAGUACACACUUUUCAUUUAUAUAUAGUGCAAGAGAGACCAUCCUGUUAGCUCAAUUCAGCGAAAAAGGCAUACAUACGAGAUACGCCUUCGUACCCGGAGUUUGGUUUGGAACUAUCGUUAGUCACACAGAAAUAUGUUCGCUUGCUCAGACUUCAUUUAUAAAAAAGUUUAAAUUGUUUAAGUAAUUUCAAAAUGUAUAAAAUAACUUAACAGUUAUCACAGUGAGAAGGUUUACCAGUGAAUAUGUGGCUGAAGGGAGUGUGGGCUGUCCAGUGUCAACCCACCACUAUAUUUUUCGACUUACAAUUUUAACUGGUGCAACUCCAUGUGGGGAUCAGAAUUGCUUUUGUAUUUUUAUAUCUGAUCAUUUGUUCGAGGUUGUUCAGUUACUUAAAUACAGAUAAAUUUGUUUGCUUUAUGCAAAUCCAAAAUGUUACAAAUUCAUUUCAAAAUAACUGUAUUUUUUUGGGGUCCAUAAUAAUUUGGAAAUUUGGUCAAAUUGCUUGGUCAAACAUCAAAAUCAGUAUUUUUAUCGUCUUUAAAUAUAAUGUUGGGAAUAAUUUGUAAAUUCAAAAACAUUGUGACAAUUCUUGUUAUUUUAUUAGGCAAUUUUAUUUGGUAUUAUUGUUGCAAU